AAAAAAAGACAAGCAAAGCAAUGUAGCGGACGGACGUCGUUUCGACUUUUCUAUUCCGUCAUGCAAUAAUUUUUGUCAUUCAUGAAUUCGUCGUUAAAAAAUAUUUUAUAUGGUGAACCUUACGUGAACGUUAGUUGAAAUAUAGUUUAAAUAAUGUGUUUAGUAUUUUAUUUCGCGUAGUUCAUUCUCGUAGAUCUUUAAGAUAGGUGUGUGACAAGUUCGGUAAUGGUGGCCAUGUCAUGAAAAUCCCAACAGCCAUGGAUGAUAGCUCCGUAUCUCAUCACAACGGAGGGCAAGUGGGAUCUCAAAUUGGAGUCAGUGUAAAUAAUAAACAAAAUGACGAACCUAGCCAAAGUGUCCAGUAUUCAAUACCGGGCAUCUUACAUUUUAUCCAACACGAAUGGGCGAGAUUUGAACUCGAGAGAUCACAAUGGGAGGUGGACAGAGCAGAGUUUGAGUCGCGGAUCGCCUUCCUCCAAGGCGAGAGGAAGGGCCAGGAGAAUCUAAAGAAUGAUCUCGUGAGGCGGAUCAAAAUGCUCGAGUACGCGCUGAAGCAGGAGAGGGCGAAGUUCCACAAGCUUAAGUACGGCGUGGAGCUCCAGCAAGGGGACGUGCGCCCGCCGCCCGACGAGCCGCCGGCGGAGCCCGAGCCCGCCGAGCGGGCGCAGUGGAAGCAGGGCCGUCAGCUCAUCAAACAAUAUCUACAGGAGAUAGGAUAUACAGACACCAUCCUCGACGUUCGUUCAAACCGAGUAAGAAACUUACUUGGUCUGAACAACGAGGAGCAGGCUGAGGACCCAAACUACAGAAACUAUGACAAGCAGCAGCGGGACAGAUGUGACUACUCAAUAAACUCUAUGGUUCGAAAGUAUGAUUAUGGCAAAGAGCAGCGGAAAGGCGGCGUGCCGUCGGGCGGCGUGUACAACGAGGAAGGGCUGUCGGUGCAGGAGACCGCCGCCGUGUUCGCCAACUUCGAGUUCCUGGCCAACCAGGAGAUGGACAUGGACGAGAUCGACGACCUGGACGCGAAACAGCCCCACCAUGCUUCCGGAAAACAAGGUGAAGAGGUCGACCACGAGGCUGAGGAGGUGUUAAACGAGCUGAACAUGCUGACGGAGAGCGAGGCCGACGGCGGCGGCCAGGGCGACGAGUACCCCGUCGUGAAAUUCCCAGGCAGUGCAUCGGGGGUCCCGGCGACGGCGGCGGGCGGCGCCGGCGGCGAAGCUGACGAGGAGCCUUUAGCCCUGGGCGAGCUGGCACAGCUGACGGUCAGCAAUGAGCCUGAGGCGUAUGACGUGGCCAGCGCCAACAAGGAGUCCUUCCGCAAGACUUGGAACGCUAAAUACACGCUGCGCUCGCACUUUGAUGGGGUCCGAGCGCUGGCGUUCCACCCGACGGAGGCCGCGCUGGUGACAGCGUCCGAAGACCACACGCUCAAGCUGUGGAACCUGCAGCGCACGGUGCCCGCCAAGAAGUCGGCCGGGCUGGACGUCGAGCCGCUGUACACCUUCCGUGCGCACACCGCGCCUGUGCUGUGCCUCGCUAUGGGCGCGCCGCGGUCUGAGGAGUGCUUCUCAGGAGGCCUGGAUGGAACCAUCCGCGUCUGGAAUCUGCCCGCGCCCACCGCUGACCCGUAUGACCCGUACGACCCGGCUGUGCAGGGCCCCGUGCUGCGCGAUCACACAGACGCAGUGUGGUCGCUGGCGGCGUCGCACGGGCGGCUUCUGUCAGCGUCGGCGGACGGCACGGCGCGCGUGUGGGCGCCGCGCGCGCCGCGCCCGCUGCUGGCCACGCUGCGCGACGACCAGCUGCCCGCCGCGCUCGCGCCGGCCGCCGCUGACUUCGCGGACGCCGCCUCGCGCGCCGCCGUCGUCUACCGCGACGGCUCGCUGCUGCUGUACGACCUGGAGACCGCCCAGGCGGUGCUGCGCGUGUCGUGCGACAGCGGCGCGACGCGCGUGCGCGCGCACCCGACGCUGCCGCUGCUGGUGACGGCGCACGAGGACCGGCACAUCCGCUUCUGGGACGCGGUGUCGGGGCGCUGCGCGCACGCCAUGGUGGCGCAUCUGGACGCCGUCACGGGGCUGGCGCUCGACCCCAACGGGCUGUUCCUGCUGUCGGGCUCGCACGACUGCUCCGUGCGCCUCUGGAACCUCGACACCAAGACCUGCGUGCAGGAGAUCACCGCGCACCGCAAGAAGUUCGACGAGAGCAUCCUCGACGUCGCCUUCCACCCGCUCCGGCCCUACAUCGCCAGCGCCGGCGCCGACGGGCUCGCCAAAGUCUUCGUCUGAGCCCGACCCUAUGUAUGUCGAAUAUAUAUGAUACAUGUAAUUUUACUUUCGAUACGACCGUGUACAGUGCCGUUUUGGAGUUACGCUUGGAGCCGUUCGGGUGCGGGACGACGGACGUUCCGGUGCGGCGCGGCGGUGCGCCCGCGAGACGCGCCUCGGCUCCUGGGACGGAACCGGGCUGUUGUCAUACGCUAGAAAGGGACUCGACUUGUCAUCCGUCGCAGGAAUCGAUGUGCGUCUCGCGGGGACCGAUGGAUUUUCGAUGGCGAUUCCUAAUAGUCGAUAUACGUUAGGCCCGAGGAAUUCGUCGGUCUCGAUGGCGAAACGCCGCUGUAGUUGAUUUUUAGAUUAUUCAUUUUUGAAAACUUUUACACUCGAGAAGUUGUAACGAUAUAACUUAAUCACUCUAAAGUUAACCUGACCUAUCUAGUCCCAGAUCUAUACUUCGCUCGAUGAUGACAACUUGUUACAGCUUUGCUCGCCGCCGCGACGGUCGAUACGUGUCUCGUCGACCGAUCGCGGCGGUCGUGUGAUCGCCGAGCUCAGAACGGGAGUGAAUCCGAAUCGAAGUCAGUGAAAUAGUGUUCGCUUUUUUCGGAGAGCUCGAAUCGCUCGGAAGCGUAAACUUUGAGAAAUAGUAGUGUAACGCAGUAGCGAGUCGCGUCAUCGUAGGCGGGCCCGGCCGGUAGCGGGCGGGCCGCGGGAGGCCGCCGGUUCGUUUUAUCGUAUUUAAUAUUAUAACGUAAUGGACGCGCGCUCGACGCUCGUUAUAAGCGCGUAGUGAACACUCAUCUAUGUAUAGACAUUUGAAAUCUAUUAUAAUAUAUUUUUAGACUUUCAGUAUGUGGAUUUUAGGUUUUUAUCGCGACUUUUUCACCGAUUUUACGAUACGCAGUGAGAAUAUUGUUCGUUUCUAUGCAUCUGUAAGGAGACCUUGUAAUAAAUAUCUUGUGGAUACCGAAGAUGUUUCCUUGGAACGUUUUUAUGUUUUCGUGUCUGUACAGUUAGAUGUUACGCAGUGAUGCUGAUUUCUCGCAGAGAACGAAUGGUGUUUCUUUUAGCUAGUACAUUUUUAUUUAAAUCAAUUUGAUUUUCAUAGAGAAUAUUUUUGUUUUGUUACAUGUAUGAACACAUGCUCUCAUUAUUUGAUGAUUAUAACUUACGCAGGUGAUGAGCGGUCGAACAAAAAUAUGAUUGAGUAGAAGUACUAUAUCGAAAAUAACAUAAGUAAUGUUUGUUCAUAACGAGUACUGCGAUGUAGAAUAUAUAUUAUAAAACAUUACAUAUUCCUUUAUUUUCCUUGAAUUCAUACUUGUACACAUACAUCCAAAAUUGAUAGUAAAAAGCAACAUAACCGAA